ACUACAUUAUUAUUUAUAAAUAAUAAUACUUUUUGUAUACAACGUCUGCCGCCGUAUUUGAUUAUUAUUACAUCAGAUAAAUACCAACUUCAUUGACCAUUGUUCAUUACCGUUUGCGUUCCCGACCGUGGUCCACUGGUUAACUACAAUAAUUACUGGUGCGGCAUAAAAGCAUAAAACUCGAUCGAUACUCUUUCCGAUUCCGGUUGAUACGACGCCUGUGUUCGGAAUUUUAAAUACAUAGGUACCUAUWAGAUAUUAUUUAUAUUCAUAUUUCAUUGUUAAUUGUUAUUACUUAUUACUAUUAUUACUGUUAUUGUUAUCACCGUCGUUUCGCACGAGACGCCGUGUGUCGAGACCUCACAAUCUCAGUCAUUGUGACGGCCAAUUAUAGGUACCGUCUGUUUUGUUAUAAUAUUAUGCCGUUGUAAGACAAGAGACCGGUCCCGGUCUCCCACGGUCGUCUCCAUCUUAAAAUGUAGUUGUGCCCGCGACCGGAUCAACCUGCUGCCGACGAAGAACGAAGAGCACUGUGACCGACAAUGGCCGUGUGGCUGGAAGUAUUAUUUGUGGCGUUUUUCAUAUCGUUGCCGUUCCUCUACGAUACUCGACGAACGUUCCGCUAUCACUUCCGUCUGGCCAUAUUCUCCGUGCUCGCCUCCCUAACGUCCCUGCUUGCCGUCUUCCAGUUCAAACACCGGUCCAGGAUUUCUGAGACAAAUUUCAUCACCUUAUGGCCGUUUUCAUUUUUUCCAUGGCUAAUCUCUUUGGCCUUGUGUCCCAUUCAAUUUUUUUAUACCAAUUUGAGGUUAUUGCAUUUUUCUACAGCAUUAAUUGAUUCUGAGCCUACAAUUUUAUUGGCAUCCAGUACAAUGACAAAUGAAGAAACUAUUAAAAUGGCUUUUAAAAAAAAKUUGCCUAUUCAACCUAUUGUAUUUUCCAACAAUUAUUUCAUAAACAAAGAAAAACAUAUGUUUGAGCCAGGUCGUGUAAUAAUAUCUGUGAUGCCAAUUAUAGAAACUGAUGGUUUAUUGGCAAAUGAUAUACCUAAAUUCAGUAAUGAAAUAUGUUCCAAAAUACGUACAGAAUAUGAUAAUAUAAGCAAAACAACUCAAUUGGGCGACUAUCAAACACCAUCAUUUUAGGCCUUAGAGUUAAUACUAUUUAUAAUACUCUUCCAUGCACAAUUUUUAAUUAGCAAAAUGACAAGUUAUAUUAAUUAUUUAAUUUAAAAGACACAUUUCCAUUCACUGUGUUAUGCCUUAAAAGUAAAUUUACACUACUUAAAUGUUGAUAAUUCUUGAUUGUUUUAUAUAUUUAAUUCUUUGUUUCUUAU